GCGCCCGUACAGGAUUUUUACAACGAAUUUUUAUUAACUCUGGGACUUUGGUACUGUUUCUAUAUAUUUCAGUCGCGAAAUUCCUGGCUUGUGCCAGGUUCAUUUUGGUCCACUGUUCUCCUCAUUCAAAUAGUUCGCUAAUUCGUACAAGUUGGAAGUAUUUCUUCGAGCUUUGUGAAUUUGAAUCCACCCUCGUCCAGAUCAGGAAAACGAUAUUUCCCUAGAAUGUUUCAGUUACAUCGUGAUUCUAACGCAGACAGCGAAUUCGGUUCGUUGGAGUUCUGUAUUGAAAAUAUUAAAAUGAAUAAUGCCGCGGUACGCCUCGGUUCGCGUUGCAUUCGGAACAUCGACUGUUCGUGGACGCGAACGUUAAUACCUCGUGCGUGUAUAAAAAAUGUGAAGCAAUAGCGUAGGAAAUGUGUUACAUAUGUAUGUAAACAUUACGCAAUACAGCGGUUUCCAGGGGAAACGUAUCCGACGGGGCACCGCGAGUUUGUAAACCCCGUGGUCGCGGAAUCGGGUAUCACGCCGUUCGGGAAAGUGACACAGUUUGAUUAGAACCGCGACGCGAGUUCUGCACGGGAAGCCCAGCAGACCGUGUGUUAUCACGACUGGAGAUUUUCCGCGUGAAAUGUCAAAAUGGCGUCUUCGCAGGACGCUUGGUAUCUGUCGUUGUUAGGACUAGCAGAAAACUUUCGAACCUCGAGUCCGCCGAAUAUUAAAUCGUGCAUACAGUGUUUGCAAGCGGUGUUUAAUUUUAAGCCGCCACCGAGGGUCGAAGCACGUACUCAUCUUCAGCUUGGUAACAUCCUCCUCACGCAUACCAAAAACAUCGAUUUGGCGCGGUCUCAUUUAGAACAAGCGUGGCGAUUGAGUCAAAAUAUAAACACCUUCGACGAUGUAAAGUUCGAGGCAGCGAGCGUAGUCGCCGAAUUGUACGAGCAACAGCAGCAACCGAAUCUCAGUAAGCCAAUAUUGAGGAAAGCUAUAGAACUAUCCCAACACAAUGUAUAUUGGCACUGUAGACUUAUUUUCCAACUGGCCCAAAUACACGCGUCGGAGAAAGAUUUCGUGGCUGCCAGUAGUUUGCUCGCAGUAGGUGUCGAUUACUCUCAUAUCAGUAAUGCGAGUUACACGCGAGUCUUGUUCCUAUUGAGUCGGUGUAUGCUUUUAUUGAUAGACAAAAAGUUUACGGAGGUCCAUCCGCUUUUAAACUCUGCUGGACACCAUGUUGAGAACUGGCAAGGUAGUCCGCACCAAAAAGAAUAUUUGAAAGUAUAUUUUUUGGUACUACAAGUUUGUCAUUAUUUAAUGGCCGGUCAGGUCAAAAGUGUGAAGCCUUGUUUGAAGCAGUUGCAACAGAGUAUACAGACCAUAAUAUCUCCUAGUUGGCCAGCGGAUGAAAUAGUCACAGGUUCGAACAUCGGGGAUAUGUUCAUAUGGAUGCCAAAGGACCAUUUGUACGUUUUGGUUUACUUAGUAACAGUCAUGCACUCGAUGCAAGCUGGUUACAUGGACAAAGCUCAAAAAUAUACGGACAAAGCGUUAACCCAAAUUGAAAAGCUGAAAAUCGUCGAUAACAAACCUAUAUUAUCCGUUUUUCAACUGAUGCUGUUGGAGCAUAUAGUGAUGUGCCGGCUUGUGAUGGGAAAUAAAAGCGUGGCCCUCGCCGAAAUUUCUCAAGCUUGCCAGCUUUGUAGGAAGCAGCCAAGGUUGCUCCAAGGUCAUAGACCGCAACUGCACGCUUUAUUAGGUUUAUAUGCAAUGUCGAUGAAUUGCAUGGAAGCCGCAGAAGCUCAGUUUACAGCCGCCCUCAGAACGUCGCAAGAAAGAGAACUUUGGACUUUUGCGAAUUUAAAUUUGGCGAUAGUGUAUCUUCGAACUAAAAGGGAUGCGGAAUUAGGCGCUUUGCUCGAACGAAUUAAUCCCGAAUCGUUACCAUCUUAUUCCCAUUCUUUGAGAGCAGCGGCGUAUUACGUCCAAGGAUUGCAAGCGUUUUUCGGAGCCAGAUACAACGAAGCAAAGAGAUAUCUCAGGGAAACUCUAAAAAUGGCCAACUCCGAAGAUUUGAACAGACUCACGUCGUGUAGUCUCGUACUAUUGGGGCACAUAUUUCUUUCUUUGGGGAAUAGUAGAGAAUCUAUGAACAUGGUCACGCCUGCCAUGCAGCUAGCUUCGAAGAUACCUGACGUUCACGUACAAUUGUGGGCCACUGCUAUACUCAAAGACCUUUACAGAAUUUGUGGUGAUCCGAAUCGCGAGAGCGAGGCGUAUCAAAUGCACUGCAGUUUUUCACAGACACUCUUGAAAGACCACUUUCAGAGCACACAAAUGGGCGAGCAUUCCCUGAUACAGUGGACCGACGGACCCGUGCCCGCCCUGCCCAGUAAUCCACCUCCUUCCACGUCACAAGCCAUUCUUUAAUAAUGUCAAAAAAGAUUCCUAUACUUAACGUAUUCGAAACGUGUAAAAUAUUCGAGGCACGCACUGUGCUAGGGUUUGUACAAUUUUGUUAUCGAAAUGCAGAACAAAAACUUACGAGAAAUAAAAAAUUCACUGUCGUAUCGCGGUGGAGCGAAUCAAUCGCGAUCGGGAUCGAAGAAACGGAAUUUAAUUAUUUAGUAUGGGUAUUGGCUGGUAUCCAAACGCGCUGUUCGUCGUUCGAAUAUAUGUUCAGACGUCCAAUGAUCACAGAUUUUCAUUUUCAAACUUUCAUAAAGGCUAUACAUGUAUAGGUUUGUACAAACUCGUUUUCUACGUCACGGAGACACGCAAAAGGUGAACAUAUGUACAGAACUUUGAUAUAUUUUAUUAUUUUGUACAUUGUAAAUUAUCUCAAAACGCGGUUUUUCUUUUUCUCGCGAGCGUGACAUCUGCAAAAC